GGACAGGUUAUUCGCAGAAUCUGCGCAGCGGUAGGAAUAUUUGCGUACGUGACGGAAGUAGGAAAUUGGUAAAACACACUGAUGCUUCUCGGGAAUUAAUAAUUUAGGUAGUGUCUGUAUCAGACCCGUAUAAGAUAGGACAAGUAACACAGCACAGAGAGAGGGCGAAUUAGCAGAUAGCAAGAAGAUAGUGGAAUGGCAUCUCCCCAUCCCAUUAAGGGUAUUCUGAAAAAUAAGAGCAACCUGACUUACGCCAAGGCCGAGCCUGAGGAAAAGCCGGCGGUAGAGAAACGGGAGAGAGAGGCUCUAGAGCCCGGUGAAGAGGACCAGCAAAAGAAGUCGCAAAAAUGGGACGAAAUGAACAUCUUGGCUACCUACCACCCUGCGGAUAAGGAUUAUGGCUUGAUGAAAAUCGACGAGCCCAGCACACCUUACCACAGAAUGGUAGGGGAUGAUGACGAAGGGGCUGUGAGUGAUUCAGAAUCAAACGAAGCAAUCACUGCUGACGAUUUGGCACAGCAGUUGGCGGCAGCAGAAGGCAAAGAUCCCAAAAUUCUCAUGAGGGAGGAGGAAGAGAGCAGCGAGGAAGAGGAUGAGGAGCUGACUCCAGAAGAAGAAGCGAAAAAGAAUGAGUUUGAAAUGAAGAGGAAAAUGCACUAUAAUGAAGGAAUGAACAUUAAGCUGGCGAGACAGCUGAUAGCUACCGAGCUGCAGGAGGAUGAGGAGGAGAAGGAGGAAGAGGACUAUCGAGACGAGGAGAUGAAGGAUGAGACAGAGGACAUAAACAUAGACCCUCCACAAGGUGUAAUUAUUGAAAGCCAGGAACUAGAAUCACAAGAUUCCUAGAAGAGGUGGUGGUGGGGGGGGGGGGGGGGUCUUUGAGCCAGCUCUGUAACAACUGCGUCAGGGGUGCAAGUAGUAGUUUCUUCAGAGCUGGGUCAAAGAACACACUGCUGCUCCACAGCUACGCCAUUCACAUCUGUAUUUAUGAAUACUAAUGAAGCAUAACGACGAAACCGUCGUGUUACUUCAGUUGCCAACUUUAGAAUGUAUUAUUUGCAAGAAAGAAAAAAAAAAGACUGUUAAUAGACACAGCCAAGGAUGCUUGCCCGUGCUGUGUAUUCCAGUGCCUACCACGUGAACUCCACUCCAUCGACACCAGUAUGACAAUCAAAGCACUCUUUGUCCUAUCCGCUAGCACCUCCAAGAUGUUCUGAACGUAACGAAGCAUUGUUCUGGACUGAAAAAGAAGUAGUUCUGUUUGAACUUAAUUGUUAUUAUCCAUGUGUGUUUUUUUUUUUUAAGAUGAUUUUACAUUACAGUAGGAGGAUGUACCAAAAACACUGUACACAUGCUUGGUAACAUAAAGAUGUUCAGAACUGUUGUCACACUUUAUGUAUGUUAAAGUGGCACUGAGUUUUUGUAUGCCGCUUCAGCAUUGAUGUACGGCUGCAAUGGGGCAUUAGUUUGCUGUUUUAAUGUGGAAUUUUGCCUUUGUGGAAAUAAUUAUUUUAUGAUGGCUAUUAUGACUGCUAAUAAAAUGAUGCACUUGGA